AUGGAAGUUGCUUCUCAAAAAUGGCAUGACCCUUUAGAUUUGUCUCACAAUCAGGCGUUAGAGCGUAUAGGAUUGAUCUUGUUGUUCAUGGUUCUGGCUGAGCUAAGCGAAUGGGAAACUUAUAAAGAAAUGGAUUAA